AUGGUAAAUUUUUGCUAUAUUUCUGACAAUUAAAAAAUUAAAACUGUUUUUUUUUUCAGACAGAAGAAAGGCAACCGCUCCUUGACACGAGUUUUACAAAAGGUAAGCUGAUUUGUGUUUUUUUUCUGCAUGUUCAUAUUUUUGUUUUUUAUUUAUUUUUUUUUAUCUAAAAGAGAUUAUACCUGUUUCACGAUAAAAAUCCCUCUAUAUUUAUAAAUAAUAACAAUUGCAUCGAAGUUUUUCUAUAUAUUUUGCCAAAACCUAGUUGUAAGUUGAUGAAUUUUUCUCACCAAAAAGGGGCGGGAAACAAAAUGUUAUUCCUUUUUUCUGUGCGCCAGAUAGUUCAGUUUUCCAAAUUCCUAAGUUCCUAAGUAAUUCAAUUUCAAAGUAUCUUUUUUUCCAGGGUACAGAACGAACAAACCACCUGAUAUUGAAGAAGUUAUGGGAGCAACAAAUCACAAUCCGGAUAAAAUUGAGAACAAAAAGAAAUUGAAAGUUGGAGAAGAAGAAUUCUCCCUCUACGCAUAUCGUGAAACUCGUACACGACGUAUCCUUUUUUUCAUUUUAUCAAUUUGCACACUUGGAAUCUAUCGAUUAUUGGCACAUUGGAUUAAAAGCUUGUUGGUUAAAGUGAGAUAUGUUCCGUGUCUUCAUGAUGAAGCUGAAGUUGUUAUGAUUCAGUGAGUUUGGGUUUUUUGUUGCUGGGAGAAAGUUUCUUGAUCAAAAAUUAAUAGCGACAAGUUGGCACUGUUUAAAAAUAUUUUGAAGUUCUUUAUGAGCUUCGGAAUUUUGAGUUUUUUUUGUAUUAGAACUUAUUGAAGACAGAAAAAAUCUAAUUUUUUUUGAUAAUUGUCUCGUCAAUUAGUUUGUAGAAAAGCAUCAUUCACACACAACAGACAUUUUUCAAUGUUUGUAUAACAUUUCCGAAAAAAACAUUUUUCAUUGUUAAUUGGCUGUAGCACCUGGACUUUUAUUUUAUUUUCUAUAAAAAAAUAAUUGGAUUGUUACAACGAGAAAACACAGUAUCUUAGAAAAAUGAAUUUGGUAGCAAUUAGCACAUUUUUUAAGUUUCAUGAACAUUUUUGAGAAAAUCUAACAAUUGGGAAACAAAUUAGAGAGUUUUUAAUACCAAAAAAAAACAAAACGUUUUUCAAAGCCACCCCAAAAGUUUGUCAGAUUUCAAAGAAAGGCUACAUUUUUCCGACACGUCAUGUGAUUUUUGAGUUUACAAACCAGAUGUUUUAUUGUGCAUUUUGGUGGCAGAAUAAACAGAGCGCAUUUACUCCACAAACACAUACUGAUGCAAUAAUUAAUUCAAACUUUUUUUGUUCACAAACUUUCUACUUCACUUCAUUUUCAGAGACAAUCACGAUGUUCAAACCAUCAAAAAAGUAACCACCGAUUUUUUGGAAAAUGGAGCUACUAGACCUAAGGUAACUCUGAAUUUCGAAAGUUUUUUUUGCAUAAAAUUGUGAGUUUCAGCACGACGGAAAUCCUGAAAAAGUGCACUCUGUUCGAUAUUUUUUCUAUCGGAAGAUCAAAUAUAUUUGGUAUGAAAAAGAUCAACAAUGGCUAAAUCCUGCAGAAAUUGAUAGUGUGGUUAGUUAAUUUUGACGUUGGAAAGUUUCCACGUUUUUUGAACCAGGAGUAUUAUCUUCAAAAUAAAAAAGAUACCGCAAAGUUCGAAAAAUCAACCAAUAACGUUCGGAAUAAUUUCAGGCACCAUUCAAUGUUUUCAAACGCCGUCUAGAUGACAGAUAUGGACUGGAAGCAAAUGAAGUUAUCGCAAAACGACACAUUUAUUGCUAUAAUUCUUUGGCAGUUGAGCUAACACCUAUUUUGAAAGUUUUGUUCCAAGAAGUCUUAACACCAUUUUACCUUUUUCAAGCAAUGUCGUAAGUAUUUUCAGAUUUUUUGUUUCCUAAUUUUAAUCCUACAUGAUUUUUCAGCGUCACACUUUGGUAUUCGGAUAGUUAUCAAUAUUAUGCCAGUGUUAUUGUUAUUAUUACUGUGUUUUCCGCGGCGAUUAGUGUGUAUCAAACAAGGUACAGUAGGUUUUGCGGAAAUUUUAAUUUAGAAAAAUAUAUUUUCUAGAGUUCAAGAAAAGAAAGUUCGUGAAAUGGUUGGUGGAGCUCACAAAGUAACUCUGUUACGAGAAGGAAAUAUGAUCGAAGUUGACGCAGAUGAAAUCGUCCCUGGAGAUCUAAUCAGUCUUCCCGCACAUUCCUACAUUCUCCCAUGCGACGCACUUCUUCUCAAUGGAAGUGUAAUUGUUAACGAAGCGAUGUUAACCGGUGAAAGUGUUCCAGUGACAAAAGUUCCAUUAGCCGGUGCUGAUGAAUGUGGAGAUGAAGUCAGAUUUUCAUCAGAGAAUCAUAAUCGUCAUACACUUUUUUCGGGAACAACUUUGCUUCAAACUAGAAAUUAUGAGGGUAAACCAGUGUUGGCUCUUGCUGUUCGCACUGGAUUUUCGACUUUGAAAGGGCAAUUGGUUCGAUCGAUUAUGUAUCCAAAACCAAUGGAUAGUCAAUACAUGGCUGAUUUGUUCAAGGUAUAGUUUUUAUUCUGGAAUUUCUGGAAUUAAUACCAAAUGUGAUUUUCUUUCAGUUCAUUCUUCUUCUCGCAUUCAUCGCUGGAAUUGGUUUCAUCUAUACAAUCACCAUUAUGGUCUACAGAAAAGAAGCCUUCAUCGAUAUCUUUAUAAAAACUUUGGAUAUCAUCACAAUCGUAGUUCCUCCAGCUUUACCAGCUGCAAUGUCUGUUGGAAUAAUCAAUGCCAAUUUGAGACUGAAGAAAAAAGAUAUUUACUGCAUCUCGCCUUCAACUAUCAAUACUUGCGGGCAAAUUAACGUGGUUUGUUUUGAUAAAACUGGAACAUUGACAGAAGAUGGAUUGAACUUUAAUACUUUGCGAGCUAUGAAGAAGAUUAAUGGGAAUCCGGAAUUCACCGAGGUUUGUUUUUAUUAGAGAUCAUAUGGGUGAAAAAUUCAAUAAUGGUUUUGUUCAGGAAUUCGAUGAUCUUGAUCCAGCAAAAAUGAGCGCUAAAGGAGCAAACGUUGAGAUUAUAACUGCUGCUGCAACAUGCCAAUCUUUGACCAGAAUUGAUGGAACUCUACAUGGUGAUCCAUUAGACCUAAUUCUGUUUUUGAAAAGUAACUGGACUAUCGAAGAGCCAGCCGCAAAUGAUGAGGAAACUCAACUUUUCGAUAAUGUUCAGCCAACAAUUCUGAAACCACCACAAGUUCAUUCAGCGCAUUAUCCGGAUAAUUGUGAAUAUUCAAUCUUCCGACAAUUUACUUUCAGGUAAUUUACUUUUUUCCACUAACAAAUGUGAAUAAAAAUUAUAUUUUCAGUUCCGCUCUCCAAAGAAUGUCUGUGAUUGUUUCCACCGCUUCAGAAGACAAUGUUCGCGAGCUAAAAAUUUUUACAAAAGGAUCGCCGGAAAUGAUAAUGUCACUUUGUGACCCAUCAACAGUUCCAAGCAAUUAUUCAGAUAUUGUUGAUGAAUAUGCUCAAAAAGGAUUCCGUUUGAUUUCAGUUGCCUACAAGAAAAUCGAAAUGAAUUAUGCAAAAGCUAUGAAAGCUCCAAGAAACACGGUUUGAUUUUUGAUUUGUGAUAAUUGAAUUACAUGGAUAUUUUUUAAAUAAUUCCAGAUUGAAUGUGAUUUGGAACUUUUGGGAUUGGUUGUGAUGGAAAAUCGAUUGAAAGAUGUGACAUUGAGUGUUAUCAAUGAAUUAUUCACGUAAGUAUCUAGAAAAAUCAGACAAUUAAAUUUGGAGAAUUUCAGGUCCAAUAUUCGCACAAUUAUGGUAACUGGAGAUAAUUUAUUGACUGCUAUGAGUGUUGCAAGAGAAUCUGGAAUAAUUCGACCGACUAAGAAGGCUUAUCUUAUUACUCAUGAUUCUUCGAAGAAGGAUCAUGCUGGGAGAACACUUUUAACGAUUACAGAGGUGAGAUCUAAUCAAAAUUGGAGAUCAACUACUCGUCCGAACCCUGUUAUUUUUCAGAGCGUCUCAAGUUCCGAAGAAGAAAUCGAUACCAACUCUACAGUUCGAAAAUUCGAUAGAAAGCUCCAUCUUCAACCAUCAAAAUAUCAUUUAGCAAUUGCUGGUCCAACUUACAAUGUUGUUUCAAAAGAAUAUCCAGAAUUAUUGAAUCGCCUUGCUGCUGUUUGUGAUGUUUAUGCAAGAAUGGCGCCAGAUCAGAAGGCUGGAUUGAUUUUGUCACUUCAACAGGUAUCGGACAAAUUCAUUUGUUAAUUUUUCAUUGUUUUUUUUUAGAUUGAUUACAAAGUUGCAAUGUGUGGAGAUGGUGCGAAUGAUUGUGCAGCUCUAAAAGCCGCAGAUGCUGGAAUCUCUCUUUCUGAUGCUGAAGCUUCGAUUGCAGCGCCAUUCACUUCAAAAACUCCAGAUAUUCGAUGUGUUCCAGAAGUUAUUAAGGAAGGUCGAUGUGCAUUAGUCACAUCUUUUGCUGUUUUCAAAUAUAUGGCUGCAUAUUCUCUCAACGAAUUUUUAACUGUUAUGUUGUUAUACUGGAUUAAUAGUAAUCUUUCCGAUGGUCAAUUCCUAUAUGUUGAUUUUGUCUUGAUCACCAUCGUCGCUCUUUUCCUUGGAAACACCCAAGCUGCAAAGAAGCUCAGUUUAAUCCCUCCAGAAUCUCGACUUGCUACAAUAUCAUCAGUGUUUUCUGUUGUUGGACAACUUCUUGUCAAUUUUCUAUCGCAAUUUAUCUCGGUGUUCAUUAUUCAAGCUCAAUCUUGGUAUUCACCAGUUAUUGAAGGAGAACGACAAACAACUUCUUAUGAGGUAUAGAUUUUGGUAGUUCUGAAAAUAAUUUAUAAUUUUUAAAAAUGAUUUUCAGGGAACUGCAUUGUUCGCUGUGUCUUCAUUGAUGUAUUUAGCAUUUGCAUUUGUUUAUUCCAAAGGAGCUCCUCAUCGUCGACUUGUAUUUACAAAUCAUGCACUUUGUAUUGUUAUUGCAAUCAUUGGAAGUGUAAGUUUUCAGAUUUAGGGGGAAUUUGAAAUUAGAUAAUACAGAAAUUUCAAAAACAAUUUAGAAAAGGAAAGUUGGUUCAAAUAUAAUUUUGAAAUGUUUCAGCUUCAGAAUCCAAAAUUUCAGCUUCAGAAUCAAAAAUUCCAGCUUCAGAAUCUAAAAUAUUUUCAGCUUCAGAAUCCGAAAUUCGUGUUUCACUAUUCCAAAGUUGAUCUAACUUCAUUUCGAAAAUUCUCUAAUUAAAGUUAUAUCCAGUUUUUCUAAAAUAUAUUAAACUUCUAAAAAAAAUUUGAACUUGCAGAAUAAUUUCAGUUUGGUGUUUUGAAUUGCAUAGUAUUCACAAUAAUCACAGAUAUAUUUCACUGGAUAUCUCUAAAAAUCUUGACCCGAAAAAAUCUAUAAAUUUUUGCAGAUAACCGUCGUCAUGAUACUCACAAAUAUCCCAUUUGUCAAUUAUAUGAUGGGUUUUUUGCCAAUCCCCUCAUUCUUAUUCCGCAUUUUACUCAUCCUCAUUUCAAUCAUCGCCUCACUUAUCUCAAUCUUCUACGAGUAUUUUAUUGUACAAGGCAUUGUUGCAACAUAUGUUGAAAAGUAAGAUUUUGUCUUAAAAUUAUUUCAGAAUGAGUUUUUUUUCCAGAAAAAUGCGUCAGGCAAAACUACGCAAACAAGAUCCAUCGCUUCCACUUUUCGAAAGAAUUCUCUCAACUAUUGGAGACACAUCAGAUUGGUUCAAAAAAUCAAUCGAAGCCACAACCUUUUCCUAUACAAAUGAGAACACUCAAUUCUAA